AUGGCACCAGUGAGGAGGAGGAAGGCUGCCGAGACGGCCAAUGAGCCCGAGAAACUCACCAUAGAAAGGGUAAAGGAACUACACAAUCAAAUAAGGGAGUCUCCAAAGUAUUACAACAAUAUCGCAAUACUGAUAGAUGAGUACAAAUCUCUUCUCAAAGAGUUUGGGACUGAUACAAACGAAGACCUCAACAUUCUGACGAGGUUUGUUUCUUUGACUUUACUGAAAGUGUUCGAUCACAUAAUUACCACGAAGCAGCUGAAGCUGACCAGUUUCGAAAACGAACAAAAAGAAACCGUUAGAAAGUGGCUAAAGAGCAAAUACGAUGAUUUCAAAUUGUGUUUGGUCGAGACAUGGAAAAUCGACAUCGAUAACGAGGGCGUAUAUGCAUUGAAGAUGGAUAACUUAGACUCUUUGAUGAAACUUAUCAAGAUCGAAAGUAAGCAUUUCAGCUCCAACAAAGAUGAACCAUUUUUCUCAAACCGUACUUACAAACUUGUCCUUGAACAUCUGCUGAUCACCGGAAACUUGUCGCAAAUGCUGGCUCACGAUGCAACCAUUGACAACUUUUUGAUUUUGGAAUUCAGGGAGUCCUACUUCAACAAGUACUGGGACCUUCGAUAUUUUUUUUUCAGUGAACUGAGAUCAAUCCUCGAAACGGAGCAUGACGAACACACGCAGCACUUAAUAGUAUCCAACGUGAUUACAGUCAUCAAACCACAACCUCUAUAUGAUCUGAAGACCCCAGACCAAACAAUGUACGUUGACAAUCCACCAAAGACAGUCUCCAACAUGCGCCAAUUUAGAUCUACAUUCGAAAAAUGCAUUCUCAAACUGAUGAACUUGAAAUUGCUACCUGAACAAUAUAAGGCAUUUUUGCUUAUUCUACACAAGCGAGUCAUUCCAUUUUUCAACAAUCCCACCAAGUUGAUGGACUUUUUGACCGAUUCAUAUAACCUCGGAUUUAAUGUCAAGGAUAUUAGUCUAUCCAUCCUCUCUCUCAACGGUCUCUGGGAGCUAAUGAGACAGUUCAACCUGGAAUAUCCUGAUUUCUACACCAAAUUGUAUGCAAUCCUGACUCCCGAACUUCUGCAUCUCAGCUACAGGUCGCGUUUCUUCCGUUUAUUGGACAUUUUCAUGAGUUCAACGCACAUUUCAUCGGCGAUCGUGGCAUCGUUUAUCAAACGACUCGGACGACUUUGUUUGACCGCUCCACCAGCUGGUAUCGUCUGCGUGAUUCCGUUUGUAUACAACCUGCUCAAAAGACACCCAACAUGUAUGCUCUUGAUCCACUGCACAGAACGCGGGACAGUGGACCAGUUCGACGACAAAGAGCGGGAUCCAGCGAAGACAAACGCAUUAGGAUCAUCUGCAUGGGAGCUUGAGGCUGUCGUUCAUCACUAUCACCCCAAUGUCGGUUCAUUGGCCAAGAUAUUCACACAGCCGUUCAACAAGUACCGCUACAAUAUGGAAGAUUUUCUCGACUGGAGUUAUUCGAAGCUUGUGGAUAAUGAACUCAGCAAAAAAUUCAAAGGAGAACUGGCUGUGGAGUUGGAGAGCUGGGAGUCUUUGUUUGGAGAAGAAGGAUACCUGAAAGAGUAUGUAUAUUAA